UCAUGACUUACUUCUCCCCAUGGUCCUUAUGUCUCUACUCCCAAGUCGGAAAUCUGAUAUAUCGCUACUCGGAGAAAUAAAUUCUUUCUAUCGCUUCGCUUUUAGAGUCCAAUGGCUUCCCCAUUUCUAUAUUGGGCCACUCCUUCUAAAGUCGUCGGUCAAUUGUUUCAGCUUGGCUAGGAUAUGAGUAUCAAUGUCAUUGGGGACUGGUUUCAUCAUGUAUCAUCUCCUUUCACUUCUAGAUUUAUUGUUGUACAGUGCCCUUGGUCAAACACUAUCUAUAUCUUCCCUCCGUAGUAAUUGUACCCUUGACGACAUGCUCCCAUUUCGUUGCUCCAACUUGAAACUGAUCCGGGAAAAGCCGUAUUCUGCAAAUGGGACCGGCAAAGAUUGUGUUUUUCUGUCAGAAGUCUGCGGAAGUUUUUAGUGUUUCAAACAAGUCCCA